CAAAAGAAAUGUUCAGCAAGGUCACGUGCGUCUCCGACUGAGGAGAAGUGACACACGACCCUCAUCAAUGGCAAUUUUGCGUUUCCACUCACGGUUUAUUUGUGCGAAAGCGUGGGGAAUAGGCUUAACACUGGCAACAAAGCGUCAAUUUGUAAUCUAAAAAAUUAAAAUGACUUCUUGUUUUGGUAAAAAAAAAAAACAACCCCUAAACAAACAACCAACACAGAACGAGAGCUUGGACUUGGGUCACGCGAGUCUCGAUUGUGUAACAGUAGGCCUAGCAUCGAAGGCGCGCGCUUUCCAAAGUCCUUUGCUUUUUUGACGUGGUGCGAUCAACAUCGGGAUUAAAACAAACCUCUUCAGUCUUCAAGGAAUUGAGAAUGGCGGAACGAAUGGCUCGUUAUCGGCGUAAAAUGAAGGAAGAGGAGCCAGAGAAGUACACAGAGUACUUAGAAAAGCAAAGAGAGGCUGCCAAGCGCAGACGACAAGCUCUGAGGGAAGAGCCUGUUACCAAAACCAAGGAGCUACAACUUGAAGCUCAAAGGGAAAAGAACAGACUCAGAGUUCAGAGAUAUCGGGCAAAAAAAGAGGAUGGGGCUCUAACCCAUGCUGGAACCUUGAGGACCCACCCAGUCCGAAAAAAAACUCAUUGUGGAAAGAAGCCGAAAGAUAUGACUCCUGAUGAGUACCGCGAACACAGAAGGCUACAAAGAGCAGAAUCAAGAGCGAGGGAGUCAGCUGAAAAGAAAAGACGGAUCAAGGAGAAGAAGAGGCAGAAAAUGAAGGCCAGGCGAGACGCAGAGAGAGGCAUCAUAUCCUCUCUUCCACUUGCAAACUCAACGCCCGUCCCACCCAGCCCACAUUAUGACGGCCCAUGCCUACCCAUCCAGACUCUUCCAAAGCUGGAAGCCCAACCUUUGCCUAAUGCCCCACCAUCUCCACCUGCAGCCCCUGGACCUUCAACUGCAGCUCCCGGACCUUCAACUGCAGCCCCUGACCCAUCUUCAGGAAGACAAAAUUACUGUCAGAGGUGUAAAGCCACCACAGAUCAGAUGCCUGAAGAACAGUGCUUGGCUACAAUUGAACUAAGAUUAAAAUUUGUGUUUACUAGCUCCAAUUAACAAGGUAGUUCCAUGAUGGAUCGUCAGCCAGGUCAGAAUGCUGAGCCGCCGGAGAGCCUGAACAGUUUAGAAUUCCCUCCCUUACCCUCUCGGUCAGAUACUGUGCAUUUAGUGCCACAGACAGUUGCUGCAUCGCAAGGAUCAAUGUCUCAGAAAAACCAAGGAGUGAAACGAACAAUUUGUGACGAUGGGUCUGAUAGUAUGAAGGAAGAAUCCUUUUUGUCUUCUUCCAACAAUUCUGGAAGUCAUGGCUCGUCAUCUCCACCGUCAAGAAAAUCAAGACGAAUGGCAUACAGGGAUGUCAAUCUGCCUUCCCUUGACUCUGACACCCUUCAUAGUAUGUUCAGUUCUCCAACUUUUGGUGACUCCCAAAAUUCAUUAUCUAGUACUGCAUUUCGUUCAUCUAUGGCAGUCUCACCAAAUGACAGCCUAGGAAGUCUUGGAGAUAUCAUCAGCAGGUACAACAAUGCCACCUUAGAUUCCAUGAAGGGAUUUGAAAUUUCAUUUUCCUGCGAUUCUGACAACGCGAAUACUAGUCCCGUGCUGCUGUCACCAACUUCAAAGGGUAACAGUUCGUCCGAUUUCAGCGUGUCCUCAAUGCCAUCCAUCUCCAAAUCUCUGUCGAAGCCACUGGCUCAAGAGGAUUCCUCAGACUCUGGAAAUGUACUGUUUGAGUCCAAACGAAGCUUUGAAUACUAUGAGAACGUCCAAAUCACCUCUGCCGCUAGUGUUGAAUCAGACUUCACAAGUUCAGGCGAGUUACAAUGUAAGGCUGUGACAUUGUCUGCAGGCUCCAGCUGCAAGUCAUCACUGGACGUAAAAAUUCCUGAAAGCCGGGAAACGAAAAGUAAAAAAGCUGAUGACCUGCAUCAGCAGCAGUAUCUGUCUCAUGGCAGUAAAAAAGACAGAAAAGUUGCUGGAUGUCUGCAAAAAGGCAAAGGCUCUGGGAAAUUUACUGUUGAUAGUACACGUGUCAAAGACACUUCAGAUGACGAUUAUGAUUGUGAGGAUGCCGGUGAUUUUUGUGAUGCAAUCCAUAUGUCGGAGUGCAACACUGACAUUCUUCAAAAUUUAAAAAAGUGCAAGAAAAACCCAAAACAUGAGAAAUUCUUCUUGACCAGUGAUUUGAAGGUAAGGGAUCUUCCCCGAGAGAUCCAACACGAAGACAGUCUGACAUUUCUGAACUGCAUGUCCCAGCUGGUUGUCCAGAUCACAGUACAUUCGACAAGCUCUGGGAGGGACUCGGAUGACGUGUACAGAAGUUACAUAGGCACUGACCGCAAGAGACACGGCUCUGGAUUCAUCGCCUCCGUGGACGAGAGCAUUCAGAGGUUCCGCUGCAGAAAAGAAGACUGUCUUGAGUGUUGUCUGAAUAUGUCCUCAGAUUCUAACACUCCGUAUAGUCCACCAAUUACUGACAUAGCACCCAGUUUUGAUCGUUCUGUAAGUACUAUUAGUACGGCUAGUUCGUCCAGCGCUUCUUCUAGUGGGGGUAGCAGCCAGAAGCAUUACUUUUAUGGCGGUCUGAAUAUUCGUACUAAUCGCCAUGUCAUAUUCGACAAGUCGGAAGCAGAUAAUGCCUAUGUAAAGUUUUUCUUUAACACUCCAGAUGGCAAAGGGGUGGUGCAUGGCCACGUGGGUUCCAUCAUUGGUGUGAACACGUGUCAGGACCACAUUAUUCUGCACGUCAUGUCACACAAAAAGUCGCUGUUUCAUUACGCUGAAACUUGUUUGAAGAAUGCCAGGUCUAGCUACAACCAGAUGGUUUGCAGCACAAUAAAGACUCAGGAAACGCUGGCCCCAAAGCUCUUGCAAAGCUGGGUGGCCGUCAUAUCUCACCCACACGGCCUGGCCAAACACAUUAGCAUAGGCCACGUUUGUCAGGAAAAAGUUGAGGCCAGGCGUGUGAUUAAAUAUUACAAUGCAGCGACUUGUCCUGGUAGUUCUGGGGGGCUGGUUAUCACCCCAACUUUGCUCAAACUGCAGUGGCCGGGUGCUGUGCACAGUCUGUAUGACAAACAUACCCGCUUCAAUGUCACUCUAGAUUCGAGGUUCCCCGACUUGGACAAUACAGACAUGGGCCGCUUACACAAAACCAUUGUGUGUCGUAAAGACUCGUUUCCUGACAAUUACUUUAACUUGUGAGUUGUAUUGUGGAAUUCUUUGUCUCUUUGACCACAAGAAAUUUUUUUAAUUGUCAGUCAUAAAAGCUUAUUUUCUGACAAUGUUUCAUAAGUGACUUGAAUUAUUGAACCUUUUUAAAACUUUUACUCAUUUUCUUUCCUAAAAAGUUUAUUAUGUUGCAGUUGAUAUAGGGUAAAUUUCUGCUUCAUUGAGCACAGUUUUGGAUACUCAGGGACUGAGGGUAGUGCUAGAUUUAGUGGCUGAUUAGAUUAGUUGAUAAGUUGGUAGAUAUUGCAAACUAUACCUAAGCCUAACAGCAAAAGAUUGCUUUGAAUGGAAAAAGUAUUGCAGAAUAUUUGAAUUUGCAAUAAGAUGUAUGAAGUGCGCCUGAUAGAAGCAGUAUGCCAAUUACGAGAUAUAACGAACAGCAUUUGCCAUUAUGGUCCCUACGCUUUUUUAAGGCAUGACAAAUGCCAUUCGUCACUACAGCAUCUUGCCUCUUUCACGGUAAAGAAAUAAAUAAUGAAUGGCAUUCAUCAAAUGAGUCAUGGAGGGGUCAGUUUGGGUUCUUCAGGUGUCUAAAAAGAAGGAACUCAUUUAGAGGACCAAAAUUUUGUCUUUUCACCAAUUUCUACAUAACUUUGAACAAGUAAAAUUCAAUAAAGGGGAUAUCAAAUCUUUCUACAGUAGGAAAGUUGACUUACAUAGCCUACUUUGAGAAGUAUCAAGUUUUAGAAAUUUAAUUAAGAAUUGAGAAAAUGCAAAACUUAACAACUUAAAAAAAUCCAACAUAAAGUGAAUAUAUUAUAUAUAUGUGCAUUAAAGAACAAAUUUAAUUGAAAUCAACAUUGCCAGACAAACUUGGGGAAGAUGGUAGCUAUUUGAAUUAUACGCUCCUGGUGUUGACUAUUUUAUUCUCCAGACGAACUUGAAUACGCCACUGGAAAUUGUGAAUAACCUUGUGGUAUGUGUGUUAUCCAUUCUUUGGACCUUCUGUUCAAAGUUAUGUUUCAACUGUUCGAUUAUUUGUGGGUUGUUUCUGUAGACUCUGUCUUUUAAAAAUCCCCAAAAGAAAAACUUUGCGCUUAGAAUGGGUCAUCUUCUUUUUUUUUUUGGCACAGUCCACGAAAAUGUUAGGUUUCAAAGAAAUUUAUUCUUCAAUGCACAAUAAAUUAAAUAUGUAGGCUACAUUAUGAUUGAUUUCUAAGAAGUUGAAGAGUUUUGCCUUUUACCCAGUUUUGGUUGAAAUUGUUAAAACUUGACAUUUUUUUGCACACUUUGAUUAUUUUUCUUCAUAUUGACAAAUCCAACGAACCCUUUGCGUGUUGUUGAAUAUUCGUUUGUUCAAAGUUUUGUUGAAAUUUGUGCAAAGAUAAUCGAAUUAUUGCCCUUUACGUGGUUCUUAAAAAAAAAAAAUGACACCCAGUAUGUGUAAAUAUAAUGUAAUGUGUGCAAUGAAAUUAUCUUUGUGGACUAUAUACAGUAUUACACGGAACCAUAGCUCAAAUUCAUUUGGCCGGCCUCGAUAGUUCGAGGGAUCCGUAGUCAAGGGAUAUCUUAAAAAGAUAAAGAGAGGGGGAAAAAAA